GAGUUCAAAAAGCAUACACGAAAAAAAAAAAAAAAAAGUGGGGAAAGAAAAUCCUCCUUUCCUCUCUCUCUCUCUGUCAGCCUCAGGCACACCCAAAACGCAACAACACAGGGGCGGGCCGGGCGGCCACCUACCAUUAACAAGAAUCUCUAGCCUUUCGGUCUGUUUGCAGGUUGUGUUCAAUUGGGUUUGCUGUCUUUAGCUUACCCAGAAGGAAAAAAGAAAGAAAACUUCUUGUUCCUUGCACUUGAAAUCAGGAUUGGCGCUACUACCAGUAUAUUAUGGGAUAAUACAGGAUGCAACAUGCCAUGAGCCCAGGGACUUGAGUGCCUAACACAAACACUGCAGGAAUGGGGGGUUGCUGUUGUUCUUCCCGAAAACCACAGCUACAUGGAACACCUGUGUAUUACUAUUGUCCUCCGAUUUUGGAAGAGCAUGAGUCCUUGACGUCUCAUGAUAGUGCAGCCAUGGUACUGACUGCAGGGUUCCUGGUUGAUUUAAAUUUGGAUACGUCAACCCCUGACACUUAUCGACCCCCUCCUGCACCUAUACCAUAUGACGUGGUUCUAGGACGUUCACAAUCAACAGACUCUGAGUCCCUGAGCGACACUACUAAUGGCAGUGGCUAUGAAAAUAUGUCUUCAUGUGCAGAUGUUAAAGAGCCAGAUUGUGAAACUGACUCUGACAUUCUUCUUGCCUCCCCAAAGAAGUUUGAGUUUCGAAUUCUAAAAUCAGGUGAUCUUAAUGUAUCAGCACUGGAAGAUGAGGACGUCUGUCCGACUUGUCUUGAAGAUUACGAUGCAGAGAACCCAAAGAUUAUCACAAAAUGUAACCAUUGUUUUCACCUUUCGUGCAUUCUAGAGUGGAUGGAAAGAAGUGACACUUGCCCUAUAUGCGACCAGGAAAUGAUAUAUGAAGCAAACUAAUGCUUUGAAGAUGGAGCUUCAUGGCUCUUCGAAGUAUAAGCGUGCAGACUCGGAUACUGCAGACACAUGGCGGGUAAUGGUUGUUGUAAAUGGUUAGGGCCAAUGGACUCUAAAUCCAUCUUAGCUUGUUCAUUAGUAUUUAUUAGAUUUUUUUUCUUUAUUAUGCCAACCUAAAAAGAGAGACGGAGCGCAGCUGCUUGCUGCCCUUAGCCUUAGGUUGGCUGUGUAUAUAUUAAGGUCCAUUUCCUUUCACUAGUGAUCAAACCCUCAUUUUAUGGGUUGAAGAAUCUGAGGAGUAAUUAUUCAGUGCCCCUAGGGCACCGCUACCCCGUGUCCAUCCCCCUCCGCCACCCCAUGGGACCUAUACAUUUUGUCUUGGAUUCCCCAGAAAUGCGUAGUGAUGGAUAAGCCAGGGCCACUGAAUAAUUUUUCUUUGUUUAAGGGAUCUAAUUGCAGCACGGCAAAUUACCCUC